AUGGUAACAGAGGUUAAGACAGUGGAGACAGACAAAUUUUGUUCUGGGAGACAGAGGGGUAAUAGGCUGUAUAGGAACAGAACAUUGUCCAAGGUUGUUGUACAGAAUAGUGUUUGUUGGUGGCGAUGUAUUGUUGAUGCCGAAGCCAUUUGGUUUGAUUUAGUGCGGUUCCGGUAUAAGGAGAGUGUUGGUAACUUGUUAAGUUGGGACGAUGGUGCUGCAAGAUCCAAGGAUUCCAUUUGGUGGCGUGACAUCUUGAAGGUGGGGGGGAAGGAAAAUGAUCUAUGGUUUCCCAAAAGUGUUAGUAAUGUGUUGGGCGAUGGUAAUUUGAUUGGAUUUUGGAAAGAGAAGUGGCUAGGUGAGAUUCCAUUCCGAGAACUUUUUCCAAAAUUGUUUAAUAAAGAAGUGGAUCAUAAUGUGGUGGUAGCUGAGAGGUUAAUUGGACAAAGAGCUAACAGAAUUUGGGGUUGGCAGUGGAGAAGCACCUUAAAUUCAGAGGAACAGGGUGAAUUAUUAUACUUACAGCAGCUGCUGCUGGAUGUGGAUGUGAUGCAGGAUAAGUCAGAUCAGUGGAGAUGGACGCCGGACAAUACGGGGAUGUUUUCAGUUAAAUCUGUCUAUUCUUUACUGCAAAAUGGUAGAACUGCGCGGGAAUUGAACACAAAUGUAUUAACAUCUUUGCAGGGGAUGUGGAAUAACGAUAUCCCAUCAAAAGUUGGUGUUUUUGGUUGGCGAUUACUUAUUGAAAAAUUACCUACAAGAGCAGCUCUUGCUUAUCGAGGUAUUUUAACUAAUUCUCAUGAUUUAUCUUGUGUAUUUUGUUUCAAGGAAUUAGAGGACUGCAAACAUCUCUUUUUCAAUUGUAACUUGAUGCAACAAGUGUGGAAAAGUAUCUAUCAAUGGGUAGGCUGUGCGUAUCAUCAUUAUGAGGAAGGAUGGAAGCAUUUUAAUUUCUUUGGUGAUAUUGUUAAAUCGAAAAAGGGAUCGAAAGUGAAACAUUUAAUAUGGCUAGCAACCACUUGGUGUACUUGGAGGGUACGGAAUAACAUCAUUUUUAGGGGGACUAUAUUUGAUCGUAAUCAGUUGGUAGAUCAAAUUAAGUUCAUUUCGUGGUUUUGGUUUAUUGGUCGGUCGGGUAGAGAUUGCUCAUAUUCGUACUAUGACUGGUGUGUUAAUCCUGUAGAAUGUAUUCUUAGCAUUUGA